AUGGCCGUGGUCGUGGCAGCAAGAGUGGCAAGCACGGGCAACGGAGAAGGUGAUCCGGAUCAAAGGUUGACUUCCGUUCUGGGGCAAAGCAUCGGCAGCUCGGCCUUCGGAUGUUCCCUCCUGGCAGGAAUGUGGACCGAACACCGGAGACCGAAGGGUGCAGCAAACGUACUUGCGUCAAGCCAGAGAGUGACGAACUUGAUGGCGAUCCAUUCAAGUGGAGCGGUUUCUGCUGAUCAGGCGAGGUACUCAAUCCAGAAUGCUGACACGCAAGAAGACUUGAAGACGACACGAAACAGAAAGACCACAAGGCCUGUGCAAUCUGGCCGGUCGGGCUAUGCAUGUCUGCGUGGUCAAGCAAGCAUGAAGGAUGAAGUAAGGCUGGGAAAGGAAGGGCAGAUGCGCUUCUUUCUCAGAACGCGAGUUAAAGUGAGGAAGGCUGCUUUGCUCACCAAAUUUCUUUUAAUGUCACCAGGCGGAUUGUAG